AUUACUGAAAAAGAAUAAUAAGACGUCUUAUUUUAAGCAGUUUUGUUACAUAUUAUUGGUAAUAAGCCAAAGUUGCAGAGGUUAGAAGUAUAACCUAGUGCUGUAGUAAUAUCGAGACGGUGCAAUUAUCUUAUUGUGUAUUAUAUAAUUCAAUAUUACUGUUAGUUAAUUAUGGUACAUGUAAGUGGGGUGCUCCCUGUGGUACUGGGAGUCGGAGUAGUGAUUGCUUCAGCUGUGAUCUACCACUUCUACUUCUCGAAGCCAUCUAAAUCAUCAAAAGGUAAAGGAAAGAAAGUACUUCUUGAAGAUCCCCAAGUAAAAUAUAAGAUACCUCUUAUAGAAAAGGAAAUAAUCAGUCAUGAUACUAGAAGAUUUAGAUUUGCGUUACCAACUUCUGAGCAUGUAUUGGGGCUUCCAACGGGUCAGCACAUCAAUCUCUCUGCAAAAAUCGGUGAUGAUUUAGUAAUUCGUUCGUACACUCCCGUCUCAUCUGACGAUGACAAGGGUUACGUCGACCUUAUCAUAAAGGUCUAUUUCAAGAACGUCCACCCCAAAUUCCCCGAUGGCGGUAAAAUGACCCAGCACUUGGAGAGCCUUAAAAUCGGCGACCACAUCGAGGUGCGAGGCCCGGCUGGACGCAUCCAGUACUUGGGAAAAGGUCAAUUCGCGAUCAAGAAGCUCAGAAAGGAUCCACCUGUCAUUAUCAACGCCACCAAAGUCAGCAUGGUUGCUGGAGGUGUUGGCAUUACACCUUUGCUGCAGCUUAUCAGGCACAUAUUGAAAGAUAGCAGUGACAAGACUGAACUGAGAUUGUUGUUCGCCAAUCAGACGGAGAAAGACAUUUUAGUAAGGAAGGAGCUCGAGGAUGUCCAGAAAGAACAUCCAGAUCAGUUCAAAUUGUGGUAUACACUGGACGUGUCCAAUGAUGAUUGGAAAUACAGCACCGGGUUUAUAAACGAGCAAAUGUUAAAGGAACACCUUUUCCCACCGUCGCCCGAUUCAAUCGUCUUGAUGUGCGGCCCUCCGCCAAUGAUAAACUUUGCUUGUAUGCCAAAUUUGGAGAAGUUGGGUCAUAAUAAAGAUCUGUGUAUCGCAUAUUAGACAUCCAUUUAAUCUGACUUGUUACAUUUGGCUGCAUUUACUGUAGAUCUUUCUAUAUGUGGGAAACUUUUGUUAUUGUUAUUAAUCAUUUUAGUCAAUUUACUACGACAUUGUUACAACUUUUGAUGGUGCACAAAUAAUUAAAACAUCAUUGUUAUUUUCAUUCAACUGGUACUGUAGUUUUAAUAUUUAUUAGCAAUAUUGUCCACUAUAAGUAAUUCCAUUGUUAGCAAUAAACUUUGUAUAGACAAUUUGUAAACUGUAAUGAUGAGAACUAUUAACAACCAACCAAUAAUCUUUAAUGACUGGCUAAAAUGCCAAUGUAAUAAAUAUUUGUCUUAUUAUAACACCAUGUUUCAAUUAACAAGGUAUUUGAAAAUUCAUAUUACUUUUUAUAUUAUUUAAAUUAUGUAAAACAUUACAUAAACUUGAAAAAUAAAUGUCCUAUUACCAAAACAGUAUUAAAAAUA